AAGCCGAGGGGUCUGUUGCCUUCCUGUCAAGACACGUGAGGCAAACAUCUAGCUACAGGAGGCACAGAUGAGCGAGCCCGCACAGGCGAUCCCAGAGCCAGCUUUCUGCAAUCCCUCCAUUUGGGUGAGAGCAAGGAUCAAUGUUAGCUUCGAGAAGGGCUCCGUCUCUGGGGCCUUCAGGGUCUUGGGUCAGAGUUGUAUUUCACUCAGUUUAGAAUAAGUCUAGAGUUGGGGCUAGCCGUGGUCCAAAUUAGAGACAAGGUCCGAAUUAGCGCCAGGGUCACAGUAGUAAGGUCACAGGCGCCUAGUGAGGGUGGGGGAAGUCUGGUGGGUCUGAUCCAGCCCCCUCUCCGGUCUCCUUUCUUCAUUACACUCUCUCCCCAUUUCCGCGUCUUCCGGGGUCUGAAUCUGAGUGCCUAGAACUCCCGGGGCGGGGACGCGCCCAAGUGCCCGCCCAUCACGGCUCAUGAACGCGCCCUAUAUACAAAUGACCCCACCCCACCCAAUCAGCUCCCGAGGGGGCGGGGCCGCCCGUCCCGAAGGCACCUGUGGCCGCCCUGCGCUCCGAGCUCUGUGCUGCUGCUGCCUGGCUGGUACUUGAGCGUCCAGAGGGCCCAGGCCCAGCAGGCCAAGUUCUCUCCACCAAGCCUGGGACAAUGGGGAGGAAAAAAAUCCAGAUCUCACGCAUUCUGGACCAAAGGAAUCGGCAGGUGACAUUUACCAAGCGGAAGUUUGGGCUGAUGAAGAAGGCCUAUGAGCUGAGCGUGCUCUGCGACUGUGAAAUCGCCCUCAUCAUCUUCAACAGCGCCAAUCGCCUCUUCCAGUAUGCCAGCACAGACAUGGACCGCGUGCUCCUGAAGUACACGGAGUACAGUGAGCCCCACGAGAGCCGCACCAACACCGAUAUCCUCGAGACACUGAAGCGGAGAGGUGUGGGCCUCGAUGGACCAGAGCUGGAGCCAGAUGAGGGGCCUGAGGGGCCAGGAGAGAAGGUGCGGAGGUUGGCAGGUGAUGGGGGUGACCCCGCCUUGCCCCGGCCCCGGCUCUAUCCAGCAGCCCCUACUAUGCCCAGCCCGGACAUGGUAUAUGGGGCCCUGCCCCCACCAGGCUGUGACCCCAGUGGGCUUGGGGAGGCCCUGCCGGCCCAGAGCCGCCCAUCCCCUUUCCGGCCAGCAGCCCCCAAAGCUGGGCCCCCAGGCCUGGCACACCCUCUCUUCUCACCAAGCCACCUUGCCAACAAGACGCCACCACCCCUGUACCUGGCAGCAGAUGGGCGGAGGCCGGACCUGCCUGGUGGCCUGGCGGGGGCCCGAGGGGGACUGAGCACCUCAAGAGGCCUCUAUGGUAGCCUACAGAGUCCAUGCUCUGCCACAGCUCCGGGACCCCCACUGGGGAGUUUCCCCUUUCUCCCCGCAGGCCCCCCAGAAUAUAGCCUGGGAGACCCCCCGCCGCCCCCUGGCCUGCUGCAGCCCCCCACCCUGGCUCCCUGGCAGCACUCGAGGGGUGAUGGGCCCCCAGCCGCUCCUCCCCAGCCCAGUGGGGGUCGAAGCCUGGGUGAAGAGGGUCCCCCCACCCGCGGCGCCUCCCCGCCGACCCCCCCAGUCAGCAUCAAGUCCGAGCGCCUCUCGCCAGCCCCCGGGGGCCCCGGCGACUUUCCCAAGACUUUCCCCUACCCCUUGCUCCUGUCCCGGCCCCUGGCAGAGCCCCUACGGCCAGGCCCCCCCCUGCGCCGGCUGCCCACUGCGGACGGCUGGGCCCGGUAGUGGACCCAGGGGUGGCACCGGUCCUUCUUCCCACGCGGGGCUGGGCUAGGGCACGUGGGGUCCCUUCCCCGCAUCCUUCGCCGCGUCCUUAGAGAAGACCCAGCAGUUACGACCCUCCGAAGUGAGGGCCUGGCGUUCGGAUCCACGGUCGGAGGGGGGUGGGGGUGGGUGGCUCCUUUCUCCCUUUCCUGUGUGUGUAUCCACCAAUAAAACACUUCUGGUGUCCGUGGA